AUGUAUCAUCGCCGUUGGACCAACCGGUCGUGCUCUUCGUUCUCAGCUUCGCGGACGGCAGCUCGCACUGGGUUUCACCGUGGUGACGAUGAUCUCACGCGCGCUAUGGGACGAAUGUCUGUCAGGGCGACAUCCAACAUCAGGAUCCCCCCUCUUUCUGCCUUUUCGUCUGGGGCCGUAGCUGUGGCUGGCAGCGCGGUCCGGGUUGGCGAAUGCGUUCCUCCAGCGGAAGACAUCCCGACCAACUUCCGGACUCCCACGGCUUACCUCAAGGCGAUGCAAGCCCACACUCAGAAAGAGUUCGAAGCUUCGGCUCGUCAAGGCGUCAGCAACGCGGAUCGGCAGGGGGGUGGGUGGCUAGUGCUGACCUGUAGGCCAAACCCCCGUUGGCAAGACAGCCGUCUAAGCUACUACGUGCACGGCAAGUCCGAAAACGGAGGACUCGGCACGCGAGACACCGAGGAAGACGGCCACAACUUCAAGCAAGAUCCCUGGUCUCGGCACCUGGUGGAGUUCGAAGACUCAAGCAUAGCCUUAGUAGUCGCCUGCGGAGAAGGUGUAACUGACAACGAGGCGUUUCUGGCGAUCACUCCCGGAACUGAUGGUAUUCCGGUCCGAUCGGAGCACUUACACACGCGCGUCCGUUCUCUCGGAUACGUCGGUUCAUUUCUCCGUGAAUACGGAAGCGCGGCAGAGCUUUUGCGCCGUGAUGAGAGCGACAGCUUGCUCAACGCCGUGGCUGCACCCGGUCAGCAGUGCACGUUGCCUUCAUCCUCGGGAGCGGGAACAUUUCUUCCGCGAGGCCAAGUGCGUACUCUCGACACCUCCUCUGUCCCCCUGAACGCUACCCAGAAGGACGCCGUCUUGAGUCUCACUGGUGGGCUGGACCUCGUCGUUGGGCCUCCUGGUACCGGCAAGAGUACGACGAUUUACCACAUCAAUGAAUCACGCAUUCGAGCCGAGGGUCGUGUGUUGAUCACAUCGAUCAGGAACCAAGCCGUUGAUGCCGUCACGGAAAAGGUUGAUUCCUUCGGAGUUCUGGUAUUCGGAAACGAGGCUCGCCUCGGCCCGCAUUCCAAGAACUUUACCAUGGCCGGUCGGAUGGCCAAUGACGCUGAACUCCUGUUUUGGCGAGAUGCACGAGAAACGUGGACCAAGCAUCUGAAGUCGGCGCAAGCGGUGUCGUGGAGUAGACUUCACCUCCCGAACUUCCCCGGCGUCGCCCGACUCUUUGCUCUCGAGCAAGAGUCAUUGAAGUCGACCGGAACGGGCAAGAAACACCACCAGCUUCGGAGGAGUGGGCGGGCAGCGGGCAAGUGGGCGUUUGCUCUGAAGCGCGUUCUCAAGGCCAACUUCUACAAGCGCCUUGUAAACGGCAGCCUCGCGCAGAGGCUCAUGCUCCACCAGCUGAAGGCCCUGGACAAGUGGGUUCGCCUUCUAUCCGAAGGCGCUUCUCGCGUGGCUAGCCUUUUGAUGAGGCUGGAGGGCCUGACGCGCUUCCGGAUUUUCACCGAGACACGUGUGCUUAUCUGCACCGUUGACAGCACGGAGCGCAUGGUGGUUUCCAGCACGUUCUACGACGGAAAGCUCAAGACUGCGGAGGAGCUCCGGCUUACGAGGAUGUCCCACCAGCCAUCCAAGUGGGUUCACGUCAGCGGUGGCGAGACCAAGCAUCAAGGACGGGGCUACUCCAACCACCUGGAGAUUCCCAAAGUGGUGCAAGAGGUCAGGGCUUCUAUGCAUCGAUACGGUAGGGAGGCCGACAUCCGCGUCAUCACCUUCUACAACAUGCAGAAGCGUGAUCUCGAGCGGGAGUUCAAGGACAAGCCCGACAUCAAGAAUGUUCGCAUCGCAUCGGUGGACUCCUGCCAGGGAUCCGACGCUGAUGUGGUCGUCAUUUCUACCGUCCGCAGUGGUGGAGUCGGCUACAAACUUUCGGGGUUCAUGACCGACCGCCGCCGAGUGAACGUGGCCAUCUCCAGAGCCAAGGAAGAGUGCAUUAUCGUCGGCGAUAAACACACUCUACGCUCAGGUGGCGGGGCCAUGUGGCGUUCGGUUGCAGAUCACUUCAAGUCGUGA